UGUUUCAGAUCACCAUUCCGUGCAAAGGCAAAGAAAGGGGCGUGGCCUCGCUCAUGUUGGGCCUGAAGAUCUACGACCCGUGGGGGCGGCCUCUCAAGGGCACGCCGCUACAGUUCCGGCUGAAGAAACAGUGCGUGGCUUUUGUGACCAGCUCACUGUGCAAACAAGGCUGCAGGAAUGGCGGCACGUGCAAUCCUCACGGGGUCUGUGAGUGUCCGCAGGGCUUCAAGGGACCCCUCUGUGAUAUAGCCCUGUGCUCACCAGCGUGUCAAAACAACGGCACGUGCAUCUCUCCCUCCACGUGCGCGUGCCCCGCAGGAUUCCAGGGACAGUUUUGUGAAAAAGGUACUGGCUCAUCUUUGUCCGACAGUCGGCCUGCUGCAUCUGUGUGUGGAAGAACAUGUCAGAACGGCGGCCAUUGCUUGGCAGAAGGGUUCUGUUGGUGCGCUGAUGGUUUCUUCGGGGACGCCUGCGAGUACAACAUCAAAGACGACACGGACAGACCCCGGCGGAGCAAGGCACCGGACAACAGCAAGGUCAAGGUCAAACCGGAGAAGAAGAAGAAGCGGAAAAGGAAAAGGAAAUCCAGCCUGGACAUCAAAGUGCGCAAGGCGGAGAAGCGUCUGCUCAAGAUAACCUACAGGCGUUCCCGGAAAUGGGACAUCCCCAAGGACGUGCGCAGAACACUCCGGCGCCUCAAGCGCAAGGCGGAAACGGAAGCGCUGAACCUGCAAGAACGUCGCUACCUCAUCAAGCUGUUGACUCGGGAGAGGAGACACCUCAACAGCAAGGACAAGACCAAAGUGAAGCGGUUUAAAAACUUGAUACGAAAGGUGAAGAGGCGGCAGAAGAAGCCGAGGAAGAGGAGGUUAUAUGUUCGCUGAGACCAAAAGUUGAUCCCCGGAACUUGGGACCUCAAUCUGUCUUCACAGUUCGUUGUGAAUGUUCCAAACUCUGGACUCCCCGGUACCGAGUGUGUCGUGUGUGUCUCUGCGUGGCGCGGACAGAGGCAAUACUUCAGACCCAUGGACAAAACUUCAGACACACGAACAAUACCUCAGACCCCCCGACACGUUUGGAUUUCUGCUUGUCUUCUGUUGGUCUGUGGUGAGACCAGACGUAGCCGUGUCUUUGUCACCAAUGAAUACGUAUCUCUGUACUGUGUAUUUAGAACACGAACUGACAAUAACUAUCAAAGAAAUCCAGUGGAGGAGUUGAGGAAAUCUAUUCUCUCUAAGUAGUUUGUCACACAUAGCGCUCUAUCAUCACGAUGUUCCACUUCUAAAGGAGAUCUGUGAGUGACGUAUUUGAUUUUGAGAGCGCACGAUGUUGGAAUUCAGGAAACAGAUUUUACACUAGUUCAGAUUUGAUUGUCUUUUUGAGCGGGUGCAACUGGCGAUGUCACCUAGAAAUUACGCUGGUGUGAACUGGAACAAAACGGAUGGAGAUGGCCGUCUAUGAAAUAUGAGGGUGCAGAAUUGUUGUCACAAGCGCCUGUUAAGCUCCAACCACCCAAUCACGUGACCACUCAUUAUGACUCUCGUCAAAAGCUUUUUCCUGUGGCGCUUUUCGAGGAAUGAGUCCUGAAGGGUCCAGGACGACUACAUGAAUCCACGCAGUGCUUGUUGACCUUUGCGGUGUCGCCCACGACUGGGUCGUGUUAUGGUGCGGGGAGAUUGGGGGGGGGGGGUAACCAGACAGGGACUUUUGGUGUGUACAGGUACAGCCCAGCUUGGAAAGACACGAUCAUAGUUGUUACCAAAAAUGUCAGACUCUUGAAAGGGGGAAAAGUGGAUGCUGGCUCUCUAAGAGGUUGACUUGCACUGAUUUCAUCUCUUCUAUAUAUAGCGUGUUCUUGUAUUUAUUUCCUGACGUCAUUUGAUAUUAUGCCCCGAGGUUUGUAUAGAUAGCGUUGUAGAAAGGAGUUGUACACUGUUCUGUGUUUCUAGAGUUGCAGGGAGCUUGUGCUACAGACCUCUCAGAGGGAGGGAGAAGAGCGCAUUAUGAGGUGAUAAGCCUUCCAAGGGGUCAUCGUUUGACCCCGGAAGUGUCAUUUACGAGGUUGUGUGCAAAGCGGGUCAACACGUUUCGUGUGUUCCGGCGUACGGGUCAUGUUGUAUACAGUUUAUCUACCUUAUUGGAUUGUCUUUCCUUGACACAAGGGGCCGUACGUAACUUUGUCUUUCCUUGACACAAGGGGCCGUACGUAGCUUUGUCUUUCCUUGACACAGGGGGGCGUACGUAGCUUGGGUCACAAGGGUGGGCUGGUGAGUUGUGAUUAGUUCCUGUGUUUGGAGAGUGAGUUGUCGCCCUUGAUUUCUGUGUAUAUUAUGAAUGUAUUAUAACAUUAUGAAUGUACAUGUAUUAUAUUAUGAAUGUAUUAUAACAUUAUGAAUGUAUUAUACAAUGAAUGUAUUAUAAUAUUGUGAAAUCCUGCACAAGGAAGCUAUUGAUAACGGUCUUCCCAGCUUCUGGGAGUCGGAAGUCGUGAAGUCCUACCGGUAGGGAGUCAGGCUUGUCGAUAGAAAAACAGUUGUGAUUUAAUGUCCCGGAUCAGUCGUGGAGGAUUUUGCAUAGUCAGGGAGGUGUCGCUGUCCUCUCAGCUGUGGGUGCAUAGUCAGGGAAGUGUCUCUGUCCUCUCAGCUGUGGGUGGAUAGUCAGGGAAGUGUCUCUGUCCUCUCAGCUGUGGGUGGAUAGUCAGGGAAGUGUCGCUGUCCUCUCAGCUGUGGGUGGAUAGUCAGGGAAGUGUCGCUGUCCUCUCAGCUGUGGGUGGGUACUUGGUGAUCGGCAGAGAUGAAUUAAUGAUAAUGAGAAGAAGAAGAAGAAAAAGAGGAAGAUGAAGAAGAAGAAGAAGAAGAAGAAGAAGAAGAAGAAGAAGAAGAAGAAGAAGAAAAAGAA